CGCCCUCCCCCGUCACGUGCCGGGGGCGCGCACAGGGUGCACGAUGGUGGCGGCGGCGGCGGGGCCCGGCGACGGCGGCGGCGGCAGCAGAAGCAGCGGGUAGAAAAUGGCGGAUUUCGAGGAGCUGCGGAAUAUGGUAUCGAGUUUUCGUGUUUCUGAACUACAAGUGUUGUUGGGGUUUGCUGGACGUAAUAAAAGCGGGCGGAAACAUGACCUCCUGAUGAGGGCACUGCACUUACUGAAGAGCGGCUGCAGCCCAGCAGUUCAGAUAAAAAUCAGAGAACUCUAUAGGCGUCGGUACCCAAGGACGAUUGAAGGACUCUCGGACUUAUCAGCUAUAAAACCUGCAGUUUUCAAUUUAGACAGUAGUUCCUCUCCUGUUGAGCCUGACCUGGCUGUUGCUGGCAUUCACCCGCUCCCUUCUACAUCGGUCACGCCUCAGUCUCCUUCCUCGCCUGUCAGUUCUGUGCUCCUCCAAGACACUAAGCCCCACUUUGAGAUGCAGCAGCCAUCCCCUCCAAUUCCACCUGUUCAUCCCGAUGUUCAACUGAAAAGCCUACCUUUUUACGAUGUGCUUGAUGUGCUCAUAAAACCUACAAGUCUAGUACAGAGCAGUAUUCAGAGGUUCCAAGAGAAGUUUUUUAUCUUUGCCUUAACACCUCAGCAGGUCAGAGAAAUCUGUAUUUCCAGGGACUUCUUGCCAGGGGGCAGGAGAGAUUACACAGUCCAAGUUCAGCUGAGGUUAUGCCUAGCAGAGACAAGCUGCCCUCAAGAAGAUAAUUACCCUAAUAGUCUGUGUAUUAAAGUAAAUGGGAAGCUGUUUCCGUUGCCGGGAUAUGCUCCACCGCCAAAAAAUGGAAUUGAACAGAAGCGACCUGGGCGCCCCUUGAAUAUAACAUCUCUAGUUAGGUUGUCGUCAGCAGUGCCAAACCAGAUUUCCAUUUCCUGGGCUUCUGAAAUUGGAAAGAAUUACUCCAUGUCUGUGUAUCUCGUUCGUCAGCUCACUUCAGCUAUGCUUUUGCAGAGGCUAAAAAUGAAAGGUAUCAGAAACCCUGAUCAUUCCAGAGCACUAAUUAAAGAAAAACUAACUGCAGAUCCUGAUAGUGAGAUUGCCACGACCAGUCUGCGGGUAUCUCUGAUGUGUCCUCUGGGAAAAAUGAGACUGACAAUCCCAUGCCGGGCUGUUACUUGCACACACCUGCAAUGUUUUGAUGCUGCUCUUUAUCUUCAAAUGAAUGAAAAGAAGCCUACCUGGAUCUGCCCUGUCUGUGACAAAAAGGCAGCUUAUGAGAGCCUAAUAUUAGAUGGGCUCUUUAUGGAAAUCCUUAAUGAAUGUUCAGAUGUGGAUGAGAUCAAAUUCCAAGAAGAUGGCUCCUGGUGCCCCAUGAGGCCAAAGAAAGAAGCUGUGAAAGUCUCAAGUCCACAGUGCACCAAAAUAGAAAGUUCCAGUGUUGUUAGCAAACAGUGUUCUGUGACAGUGGCCAAUGAGGUGAACAAGAAGAAAGUGGACGUUAUUGACUUGACAAUAGAAAGCUCUUCUGAUGAAGAGGAAGAUCCUCCUGCCAAAAGGAAGUGCAUAUUUAUGUCUGAAACACAAGGAAGCCCAACCAAAGGGGUUCUCAUGUAUCAGCCAUCUACUGUCAGAGUGCCCAGCGUGACAACGGUCGAUGCUGCUGCUAUUCCUCCUUCAUUAACAGACUACCCAGUACCAUUCCAUCAUCCACCAAUAUCCAGUAUUUCAUCAGACUUGCCAGGUCUGGAUUUUCUUUCACUAAUCCCAGUUGAUUCACAGCAGUACUGUCCUCCUAUGUUUUUGGAUAGUCUCACCUCAACCUUAACAAGCAGCACGCCUGGCAGCAUCAUCACAUCAACCAGUCACCACGAGAGCAGCACGCACGUUAGCUCCUCCAGCAGGAGCGAGACAGGGGUGAUAACCAGCAGCGGAGGCAGCGCUCCUGACAUCAUCUCACUGGACUGAAACAAGGGGCAGCACGGGACUCCAGGAGAAACUGCACGGAGCUGCUGCUUGUAUCUCUGGAACUUCAGCAUCUCGGAAGUUAUUCUGAUAUUUAUUGAAAGGAUUUCCCUUCUGGAAAAUGGAGUAAAUUCAUCUACACUAGGAACAGAAGUGAUAGACUUUUUUGUUUUGUUUUGUUUUUUCCUUGCUCAUUAAAUAGCUGGUAUAGAAAAGGCCCCUUCAGAACAUGCUUUUAUGCUUUUGGCUUGUUCUGGGGAAACUGACAUUUUGUUGCUGGGUGGAUUCCACAAAUGGUUUUUAAUUUUGUUGUAAAACACAGCAAUAAUGUAAAAACAAACAAAAACUUUUUUUAAUAAUAAAAGGCACUUAACCACUCUAGAACAACAGCCUGGGCAAAGGUGCAGAAGUGUAUGCAUUGGUGAAUUUUUAAUAUUUUCACUGGGGCCUGUAAUAAACUUCAUUUAAGACAAUGAAGCUUUGUGAAAUAGCCAUGACUUGUGUUGUAUGUCUCUUGUUUCCCACUUCCCCCUUACCUGGGGAUGUAGGGGAAGCCUCUGUAAAUGGGAUUAGUUGGGUUUUUUUGUUUGUGUUUUUUUUCCUCCUGAUUUUGUGUUUUUCGCAAAUGCAACAAAAUCCUAAGCUUUGACUUCUUCCUCUUAAUGUUCUUUGGGCUGGGGAGGGGACAAACUGUCUAUGCAAACUCUGCAUUACGCAAUCUCUGUGCUGUCAUGUCAGAAUGGGGACACCUCCCCACCACCAAAAACUCCAAACUAUGCACAGUUGAGCCAUGGCUGAAUUUCUGGUUUGAUAACUUUAAGAGGUGAUAGAAAAAAAAGCCUUUAAACUCAGAUUAUAAGGUGGUUGGUGGCCCUCUUUGAAAUUACCACCCCUGAUCAAGUGAAGUGUGUGCUUUCUAUGGCAGCUGCAAGGAGAAAAAUAGGAAUUACUUUCUCCAGUGCAGGAUAAUUUUCUAGGAUCUCUUGCUUGUGGCUUCUGUCACUUCAGUAACUGCUGUGUUCUCUUGGGAAUACCCCACUCUGACGUGCCAUGGGGAAAGGUUGGCUUUUUGGAAGACAAAAGCUGUAGCUGCACAGUGUUCCCACCUAACUGGAAUUACGUGUUUAGGGUUUAAUGAUGCUUUGUCCCACAUUACAUGGCCUCCUAAUCAUGGCUUUCCUAAUUCAAUGGGAAUAACUUCCUCAUGUUUUACUCCCCUGGUCAAUCUGCUGCUUUGUUGUGUGUAUGCAGUGUCUCCCCGCACACCUCUAAGGAUAAUCUCCACAGUACGGUAUGUGGAAGAGGUUACAGACCAGGAAAAUCAAGUCAUUGCCAUAGAGCUGGAAUAAUGGUAUUGUCUAUGUUGACAUAGCAGCUUUUCCCAGUGUUGUGUUUCUGUUGAGUAACUGUGUUUGAGAUUAUUCCUUCCCUAAUUACCAGCUUUCACUUUUUCCUGAUUUUGUGUUCCUUUUAUUUCUUUAGUCAGAUGUCUGGUACUUUUUGCCUUCCACUACUGUUAACAAUAUUUGAACAAAGUACAAAUGGAUAAGAAAUAUUGAAGCAGGAUGUAUUGUAACUCUUGCCUGCCCUGUACUCCCACUUUUAAUGCAGCAUUACUAUUCCCUGUUGCCUUUUUUUGUAUGACCUUUCACACCAAUCUUCAAUUCACAUGUUGGUCUUAAUAUCGCAUCCACUCUUUCUUCUCCUUUCCUUAUCUGUUGAAUUUUUUGUACCUGUUAAGGCUCAGUUUUUAGCAUGAUUUAUUUCCAAUAAAGCCAUGCUACUCAUGAAGUUUUUUCCUAAUGGCCUGCAGCAGAUCGGUGCUUUCUGCAUCAGAGUUGCACAGUGACUUGAACUAUAAAUAGAGUGUGGAGAGAGGUUCCAGAGUCAUUCUGAAUAAAGUGUUUAAAACUGG